UUUUUGGAUUGAACAGCUAGUAUAGAUUUGGACGUUCGUGUGAUCUCUCUCUGUGAAUUUUAUAACCGAUUUUAUAAACAACUUUGAUUAUUUAUUUGUGUAAUAAUAUUUAUUGAUUAAACAGAUUAUUUUCAUCAUGAGUGACGAUAUAGAAAGAAUCCGAAAUGAACACUUGGCAGAGUAUGAGCGCGAAAAGCGCACUAAUCCCAAUGAGUGGAAUUUAUCACCUCCUCAAAGCGCACAACCGGAAUACGCCCAGAAAAAAUGUUGGCAUCCAAUUAUGUUAGAGACGGAUGUGCCUCAUAAUGUUGAAACAGAUUCCGAUGGCAAGGUUAAAGAUCACAAACAGAUUAUUUUAAAUAUGCGCCAUGUCAUGGGAUUGGACAGGCCGAAGGAGGAAAGUGCAGAAAAAAGGAAAGCAGCGGCUAAGAUGAUUCCAGAAAUGUUGAUGUAUCUUUGUCAAACAUCAGUGCAAAGUUUUCAUAGGGAACCAUCUGCUGGUGACAGAAAUAGAAAAGUACCAGACACAAUUUAAAAAAAAUUAAAUUUGAAAAAAUCGUUU